CCCAGAACUACAAAAGGGUCCUUCGAGGCUCUCUUCCGGAAACAAUUCAAAAGGGGAGAUGAGAUAUUUGUCGCUAAAUAAAUAGAGUAAACAGGCUGUAAAGAGCUCUUUAAAAGUCACUAUUACCAGUUUGAUGUAUUUUGUACUGUUCUCUGUGUUGGCCUGUUUACUGACAUGUCAUUGUUUCAUCGAAAAGGGUGAGAAGAAUGAGAACCAUUGUGGUUUCCUGAAGCAGUGGCUUGAAACCACAACAGUGUCAGUGGAGAUCGGCAAGAAAGGUUUUCACAGGGAGGUGGUAACCACAGUAGAGCUGAGCCCUGAUGUGCUCAGUGAUGUCAGAGUUUUGCUGGUUCACAGAUGGCCCAGUGGUGUCUACGUUGAUCCAUAUCAGCUGGCAUCCCUGAGUGAUCACAGUGAUUGGCAGAUAUUACUAGAUUCAGCCAUUGACCUGGAGGUGCCUGCUCACAAGACUUCAGGAUUUGUCACCUAUGUGUAUCCCACCCUCAAUGACCGAAUCCCCAGACUGCUAAAAGUAACAGUUCCGAUACAUGGCCGCUAUCAUGAGCCUUCAUUUGUUGGGAAAACAUUCACAUCUGUUGAAAUAGAAUCUCCAGAACUGCUGCUGCGGACAGAAAAAUGUACACAGCUGAACAACUCAGAGCCUCAUACAGUUGUGAACGCCCCCUGCACUGCCGACAAUUCAAGCACAUGUCUGUGGGUUAAAACCCAGCGUCAGCAGGGGCGGGGCCACAUGAGUUUACAGUUUCCAGUUGGUGACGGGUCUUUGGUGACGCCUGUAUGCGGUGGAACUCUUCUAGUCACAAUGAUCUGCUGUGCUGCACUUUCCAAAUUCAUGUGGAAACAUCGAAUCAUUUAAACAGUGAUGGUCAGCAUGCUUUGUGCUAAACAACUCAUGAUUUUAUAAUUAUAUGAUUCUGUUUGAUACCAGGAUCAGUCUGAGAUAUUGAGUUUAAAACUGUUCAACAUCUAUUAGAUUCAACAGAAUUCAGAAAACUCA